AUGUCGCGGUAUAACGCACUAUGGCAGACACAGCAAAAGCUGAUUUUCGACCUUGGAAAUAUCAUAAAUGAUAUAUAUACUGGCCCUUUCGGUGUGACUCCAACUGCAAACUUCUCCCAUGAAGGUAAUGUCAGGACGGCAGAUGUAAUUCUCCCGAUAUCUACCAAGAAGUCAUCCUCCAACUCGUCGAGUGCCUUUACCGUUCCCGGAGAUAAUACAAAGACACUGUACCAGUUUUAUGGUUACUCCCCAUUUCGCGAAGUCCAGCUCCAUGUCGAUGACAUUCUUGCUGGUAUUAUGUGGUCGUUUCCUCUCAUUUUUACUGGUGGAGUUGCACCAGGUUUCUGGCAUGGUCAGCCUCAUUCAUUUGCAAUCAAGAUUGUCGGCUUGAGUGUUUCACGAAACGGGACCGUCACACUCUCUAACAGCAUCGGCCCAUAUUGGGUGGUAACUGGAAAUAUCUUCAUGUAUCUGAGUGAUUCCGCCUUGGAUAUUACUAGCUCCGGAAUAGAGAAGCCCUACGUUGAUGCACCUAAUCCGCAAUUCAAAACCAUGCGGAGCCUUGUCAAGAAUCAGACUGGAGGAAACGAUUCUCUGGCGUACUCUGUUCCUGGUGAAAGAACCCUUUCUAUAAGUUCAUCCGAAUUCCAAUGGAGUCAAAAUCUCAGGUACUCCAAUUCUGAUCUGUUUAACCAGCAAGGCAUGAGCCAAUCGGCCAAUCAACACACAGUUGGGAGGUCUACUAUCAUAGCCUUAGGAGCUAAUCAAACAUCAGAUGAGGUCCUUUUUGAAUAUCCCUUAUCUGUGAAUCAAACGUAUCGCUCUACCGAUGCCGGGCUCUCUGUCCACGCUUGGCUGAGUAGGGGUCUCGACAUCAAAACAACAGGGAUAACCGGCGCAGUGCCAGAUAUCUUGAUAACUGCUCUUGCGCGGAGGUUCCCGAAAGACUUCGACAGUGAUGCCCCCCCGAACAAGCGUCGCAAGUUGACCUCGGGUAUUCAGAGCCUCAGGGAGCUAAAUGGUCUUUCGAAUACUAGAGUUCCUCGAGGUUACAUUCCCUUGGCACGCUUUCAUUUGUAUUUGGAUUUCGCAUCCGCAAGCCCGAUCCAGGAUGACCCGGAUAAAUUGAAAAGGAGUUUGCCCGCUUCAUUCCAAGAAUUCGCAGAUGCAGAUGGACGAGUUUGCUUUGCCAGCCAACUGCUCAUGAUUGUCACCACUGAUCUUGUGAAAUGGUUUGACGGGGGCAACCAUCUCCGAGGUGGAAUCCUCGCCGAAGAAAUGGGGCUUGGGAAAACCGUUGAAAUGAUCACCCCCGAAGAAACCUUCCCAGACCACCAUCAUGAUGGCUUGAGGCCAUCAGGAGCAACCCUAAUAAUAACACCACCCGCAAUUCUUGAGCAAUGGGAACAGGAAAUCAAACUGCAUGCACCUGGACUCAAUGUCUUCCACUACACUGGUAUCCAGCGUCAGCAGUCAUUGUCCGAUGAAGAAUUGGUUGAGUUGCUGGCAGAUCAAGACGUUGUGCUUACUACUUAUAAUAUUCUUGCGCGAGAAGUUCACUAUUCUGGUGAUGUACCACAGAGGAAUCUGCGGCAUAAGAAGAGAUUUGAACCAAGGAGAACACCGUUGGUCCGGAUUUCUUGGUGGCGGGUCUGUAUCGAUGAAGCUCAGAUGAUUGAAAGUGGAGUCAGCAAUGCGGCAAGGGUUGCCCGUUUAAUUCCUCGUCAAAAUGCUUGGGCUGUGACAGGGACACCGCUCCGAAAAGAUAUAUCUGACCUCCUCGGUCUUUUGCUCUUCCUCCAUUACGAACCAUUUUGUGGUGUUAUCUGGCAUAGGCUAUGCGGGAGCUUUAGGCCUGAAUUGGCGAACAUUGUUCGUAUGAUUGCGCUCCGACAUAGUAAGGAUCAUGUUCGAAAUGAACUCCACAUACCUCCUCAGAAGAGAAUUGUUAUCACGGUCCCUUUUACGGCGGUUGAGGAACAACGUUACGGACAGUUGUUUGAAGAAAUGUGUGGAGCAUGUGGUCUCGAUUUAUCUGGAGCUCCCUUGAAUGUGGAUUGGGACCCUGAUGACCCAUCGGUAAUCGAAAGAAUGCGAAGUUGGUUAAUCAAACUUCGUCGAACUUGCCUCCAUCCUUCUGGAAAGCCUCUUCGUGGGAUAGGCACUGGUACUGGACCGCUGCGCUCCGUGGCUGAAGUUCUCGAGGUCAUGAUCGAUCAGAAUGACGCACUUAUACACGCAGAGGAGCGCUCUUUGCUUCUUUCACAAUUGCGCCGGGGGCAGUUGCUGGAAAAUGCGAAGUACCGGCAACAAGCACUUGGUCUCUGGACAAAGUCAUUAGAGCGGGCUAAUGUAAUUGUCAAGGAGUGUCGGGAUCGUUUGCACUCGGAGCGGAUGGAACGCCCGAUGAGUGCCGCCAACGUGGAUCUAGACGUAACGUCUGCUGACACAGAAAGCGAGGAUGAAAAUGAAGAAGCAACCAAGAACGCCCAAGUAGGAGCACGUCAGAGGCUGCGUGCUGCUCUUGAAGUUCAACAUAUAUGUGUUUUCUUUACCGGGAAUGCCUAUUUCCAAAUAAAAACAGACCCCAGACUUACUAGGCCCGAUUCCGAAGAGUUUAGAACCCUCGAAAAACGCGAAGUUGAGGCAUACGAGUCUGCGAAGUUGAUUCGAAAGGAGAUAUUAGCUGAGAUCUCGCGAAAGGUUGGCCACUUCAUGCAAACAAUUAGAGAAAGAGCACAAAAGGGUCUGUUUGUUAACAUCCCUCAAAUGAAGCCUCGUCUAUGGGGCAAAGGGCUUGAAUCCCGCCGCGUACUCGAUAAAUUUGAAGAUUUCUGUGAUAGUAUGAACAGACAUGCUGUCCAGUACGAUGAAUGGCGUCAAACCAUGAUCGAAUUUCUUUCCCAGUCGCUCAUUGACCAAGAGGAUGAAUCAGAGCUGGAAGGCGACGAAUAUGAAAAGUCUACGAAGCAUCAAGAUGAGAUGUAUGUUUACAUGGAGGCCUUGCGCGCAACGUUCGCCGAUCGCCACGAUGCUUUGACUGGACAGAAGAAUGUUCUCAUUGCCCAUGAAGUCAAGAGCGGAAUUGUCCAAGCGCAGAAAGGAGAAGGACCUUCACCCAGUCUCUUUCUACAGAUGAUGAACACUCGUAGUAGGAUCAAGCCCGACCCACAGCUGGGCUCACUUCGCGGCAUCAUUAGUGAACUUCGAAGUCUUGUGACCUCUCUCGAGUGGCAGACAAGCGGGGGAAGCUCUCGCGCUCGCGCUGAACUUGAACUCGUAACCUUGGUUCUUCAAAACGCGAGUCAGAUGGCUUCUGAGCAAGCUAAAGUCGCAGCAAACAUGGAGAAGGAGGUGGAGAUGUUUCGGGAUACUAUGAAUAAUCGGCUUGAAUACUAUCGUCAGCUUCAACAAAUCUCCGAUACAGUGGCCCCGUACGACGAAGAAAGCGCUGGUAAACCCUUGGAUGAGGCGCUUUUUUCUGUAAAGCUUAGGCAAGAGGAGAUGAUAGACGAAAAGAUUUCCGCAUUGAGAGCAAAACAUCGUUACCUAAUCCACCUCCGAGACGAAUCAGGCUCAGACGACUCGGCAAAGAUAUGUGUCAUUUGCCAAUCCGGCUUCGAAGCUGGUGUUCUAACGGUGUGUGGCCACAAGUAUUGCAAAGAUUGCCUGCGCAUGUGGUGGCAUCAACAUCGAACUUGCCCGACAUGCAAAAAGCGUUUGAAAGCUAAUGACUUCUAUCAAAUCACCUACAAGCCGCAAGAGUUUCUUGUCCAAGAGGAGAAGCCGCCAACCAAAGUUGAGCCUGAGCGUCGACAAAAGAACUUAAUAUAUACUGACAUAAGCUCCGGCACUCUCAGAGAAAUCAAAACCGUCGAUUUAGACGGUUCAUUUGGCACGAAGAUCGAUACGCUGGCACGUCAUAUAUUAUGGCUGCGCCACCAUGACCCUGGUGCGAAGUCCGUGAUAUUCUCACAAUACAAGGACUUUUUAGAGGUUCUAGCCAUUGCGUUCCACAGAUUUAAGAUUGGCUUUAGCAGUGUUGACAGCAAGGAUGGUAUAUCAAAGUUCAAGAGUGACCCAUCGGUUGAAUGUUUUUUCUUGCAUGCGAGAGCCCAUUCAUCAGGUCUCAACCUGGUGAACGCGACCCACGUUUUCCUUUGCGAGCCGCUUAUCAAUACUGCAAUCGAGCUCCAGGCUAUCGCUCGUGUACACCGUAUUGGUCAGCACCGACCAACCACCGUAUGGAUGUAUCUAGUUUCUGACACCGUCGAAGAAUCGAUAUACGAACUUUCCGUGUCACGUCGUCUCGCUCAUAUAGUACAGAAGGAAAAAGCGGAGUCAUUAUCGGAAGAUGUCGAAAAGGGAAGAGCUGUGACAAAUAAUAUUAGUGAGGCGGCUAUAGACUCAGCAAACUCCUUAGAAAUCCGAGAUGCAGCUCUGUCAAAUUUAAUGGCCGCGGGAGCAUCUGGCGGUGAACUCGUUAGAAAGGACGACCUAUGGCGGUGCCUUUUUGGCAAUCCAACAAAAAAGGAAGCCAAUAAUUUGCAGGCAGGUGCCGACGGAGAGGUAGCAAGGUUCCUAAGAGGCUCUGAGAGCCUUGCAGUCCGCAACAAAGUAAUUGCAGUGUGUCAGCAUAUCAACAACAGAGUGCAAGCUCCGUCGAUUAAGCUUCCAGUUGCAGCUUUGCUGAAGCAAUUUAAGGAGCAGAAGUCCAAACUCAUUAGACACUUCGACUUAAUUUAUAUCCAACAAGGCAUUGAUCGCUUAGGAGCAAAUGCGAGGGUCGAGAUUCUGCUUCCAUUGCUCCAAGGGAUUUCCGAAAUUGGAACAUCGAUCGACGACCAAGCGGCUGUUGUGUUUAACCUUGUCCUGCGACUUUUACCUCUUUUAAAGCUUCCACCGAAGGACAGCACCGAAGACAAACAACUGAAAUCUCGACUAGGUCUAUCCAACAAGGACACCAAGUUCUUGUCCUUAUGGUUUGAGAAACUAUUGAUUCUUUUCCCUGCGGAUAAGAACGCCUCCACUUGUCCGGGAUUGUCCCCAGCAGACUACGCGUUCCUCAACAAGAGUGCUUCCCCGUCCGAAACGUGGAACCCGUCUUCACAUGGGGGCUUGAAUCUCACCGAGACGAAAGCUACAGCUCUAAGGUUUCUCGGUAGCAGUGCCUUCACAGACUCAGAGCGCUUUUUUCCUGCUCUGGUGGCGUCUGCGGACCCAAAUUCUCGCCUAGCUGAUCUUGGUGAGGAAAUAUUGAAGCGCUUCAUACCUGAUCUUGAAGAUACAGAUGUUGUACAUCGACUGUUUACCUUGUACUUCGGCUCUGUGGAACCUGAUGGCGCAACCCCGGCGCGCACUGCGCUACGAAUUAAGAUUUUAGUUUACUUAGGAAAAUCACUCAGGGCUGCUUCGGAGACAGCCAAUGUCCUCCGAUUGAUUGAAGAGGGCCUUCUUUCGGACGUUGCAAGAUCUUCACAAGGAUUGCAGGCCUCGAAGUUGCGAACCCAGAUCUUCACUUUUACUACGUGGGUAGUUCGCAUUGGAUCCCCCAUGGACCUCAGGCAAAUCGCACCGAAGGUUAUUGGGGGCCUUAGAGACUUUAUCCAUUCUCAGGGGUGGCCGAGCCCAGGCUCCAGUGGACAGAGGCUGCCUGCAACGGACCUAAGCUUACGAGGCCUUGCUUAUGAGAGCAUCGGUAUAUUGGUGCCGAAGGUGGAUUUUCAAGUACAAGAUGGGCAGAAUGCUAUCUCGGGCUUCGAACUCAUUAGGUGGCUGUUCAUAUCACUAAGCUCUGACGAUUCCAGCGCACAAAUCUUUGUGAGUAUUGAACAAGCAUUAGGAAGCAUUCUUAAUUCCUCGGUGGAUAGCUGGGAUCAAGAGUUCCAAGAAAGUUUGCGACCUUUUUUGCUUCGUCAGAUGAACAGCCACCCCGGGGAAGAGGACCCUGUAACUGGGUUCAAGAUCGUUCGUCGCACUCAGUAUGCUGCUGUACGUUUCGCCAAUAGGUUCUUACCAUAUAGUGAUGUCGUCGCUCGCUGGAUCGACCUCAUGGCUGUGGCAUGCGGAUCUGAAAGACAUCACGAAGUCGUAGAAGAAGGCAAGAAAGGGCUGCACCCUUAUUGGUAUCGUCUUCUAAACCCCACUAAAGAAAAAAUAUGGUUUACAUCGGUGACGGCUGACUCACGCUCGUCAUGGUUCAAAUUUCCGAGUUUUUCAGAGGCAGCACGCUUUCUCCUGGGUUCGACUGCGUCCACUGUUGUACCAGGUCUCUCUGCGGCAGAGAUAUUGUCAGGUCCCUAUAAGGAGGCAUUCAAUUACACAAUCGCUUUUCUUCGCAACAUUUUGCUUUGGGAGUCAUUAUCCGGUUCGAAUAUAAGCCCAGAAAUAGAGCAAGAUUGGGAUAUCAAAUUGGACGUGCUUCUUACAUCCGAUGAGCAAGCGCGGUGCGCUAUGAAACGCUACAUCGAAAACUCCGACAAAGAAGCUGUGCUGCUAUUUCUGACAAGUGCUCUCUCUGGCCUUAGUGGCGGGGCUCAAAAAGGCCUGUGGCAGUGUGGAGAAAAAUUCAUCGGUAUUUGCUCUUUAGCUUCGAACGACAUCGUUGAGCUCAUGGUAUCGAAGGUUGUCACGCUGAAAAAUUCCCUUUACAGUAAUGAUCAAGAACUCCAGAACUUCUCAGCACGCGCACUUGGAAUUCUCGCCUCUCACCCUGCAUUUUCGGAAAAUCAACUGAGAGAACUCCUUUCAGAACUCUUAGUCCCCAUAGGGGAUUGGAAAUCUGCCAUUGGCGAAGUUGUGCUUAUAACUCGGGGCGCGGUCCUUGCGCUCGCAUAUAUCUUGAGCCGACUGGCGUUUCGCAACGCUAUAUACAAAGCACCGGAAACGACGGUCAACCUAUUCAUUAGCACGGUCUUCGAUAUCAUUAGAGACGCACGCGAUUCUUUGCUUCGACGGUCCGCACAGGUGGCCAUCGGGCAGCUGAGUCUCUCCGGAGUUUUGUCCACGAUAGUACUUUCAGACGACGAAUGGGAGACGAUUAAUGAUAAGUUGAAGCCGGACGCAAAGGCUGAGAGUGAAAUAGCGAUUAUAGCAAUGGGCCUCCUAUCUGUGUCAUUUUCCAAGGUCGACCAUAAAGACCCGCAGUUUACUAACUUCUUGAAAUCCUUGUACGACCUACAUGAAAUCCGUAGCCCAGAGACACAUUUUACUGUCGGUGAGGCUUUGAGCUGUGCUGCAGCGGGAUGGACCUCUAAAUCUAUCGCCACGGAAUUUGACGUCGACGAAAAGCUCCCCACUUUGCAACUCUCUGAUACGGUAUUGGCCGAAAUGUGCGACAAGAUCAUUACUGAUUGCGGUGCAUCGAAGCCUUCUCUGAGGAAAGCGUCUUCCAUAUGGUUACUCUGUCUGGUGAAAAAUUGUGGUCACCUACAACAAAUGCAGGCCCGCCUGCGUAAAUGUCAAAGAACAUUCACGCGUUUACUUGCGGAUAGAGAUGAAGUGGUGCAGGAGACCGGGGCCCAAGGUCUAAGCCUUGUGUACGAUAUCGGUGACCAGACGCUAAAGGAUGAUUUGGUACGCGACUUAGUAGACUCUUUUACGGCAGCUGGCUCCAAUCUUGGGGGAGGCAAAGUCAGCGAAGACACCGAACUAUUUGAGCCAGGUGCUCUACCAACUGGAGGCGGGUCAUCAGUCAAUACUUACAAAGAUAUUAUGAACUUAGCCUCUGAGGCUGGCGAUCCCACACUUGUGUAUCGAUUCAUGUCUCUGGCUUCGAAUAAUGCCCUUUGGACCAAUCGUGCAGCAUUUAGCAAGCUAGGCAUAAGCACUAUAUUCUCCGAUUCCAGCGCCAAUGGCUACCUGGCCAAGAAUCCCAAAAUCUACCCAAAAUUGUUUCGCUACCGGUUUGAUCCGAAUCCAAAUGUGCAGCGGUCCAUGAACACAAUAUGGCAGGCGUUGGUCAAGGACACUACUGCAAUCAUCAGUGAUCAUUUUGAUGAGAUUAUGGACGAUCUACUGAGAAGCAUGCUGGCCGGUCGGGAAUGGCGCGUUCGACAAGCAAGUUGUGCUGCUAUUACGGAUAUAAUUCAAGGGCGCCAGCCAGAGAAAUACUCUAAAUAUAUGGAGGAAAUCUUUCUAAAAGCCUUCAAGCUUGUAGAUGACAUCAAGGAGUCAGUUCGAGCGGCUGCUCUGAAGCUUUGCCAGGCAAUAACCAAUGCAGUGAUCCGUACUCUGGAAACAAGUUAUACCGAGACAAAACGAGCAGACAUUAUGCUAGCAAGCACUAUCCCAUUUUUACUGAGUGACAAGGGUAUGGAAUCUGAUGUUCAAGAGGUUCAAGGAUUUGCUAUUGGGGCUUUAAUCCAGAUAAUAAAGAAGAGUCCUGGUCAGCCGUUGCGCCCAUUUGUUCCCCGCGUGAUGGAACAAUUCUUGAACUCUCUAAGUUCCCUAGAGCCACAAGCCGUCAACUAUGUCCAUCUCAACGCGGACAAGUAUGGUUUAACGGGCCAAGAGAUCGACAAAAUGAGGCUGUCCAGCAUACGCACAUCUCCAAUGAUGGAAGUUAUUGAGCGGUAUCUAAUAGAUAUGCUCGACGAAACUAGCAUGAAGGAAUUCGCUGUGAGUCUGGAAAGCGUGCUUCGCUCUGCAGUUGGGCUUCCAACGAAAGUGGGCUGCAGUCGCGUACUAGUUCUCCUGAGCAUGAGAACAGCCCUGUUCCGCCCUUAUGCGGAUCGUUUCAUCCAGCUUCUUGUAAAAUACGUCGUUGACCGCAACGACACGGUCAGUGCGUCUUAUUGUACAUCAAUAGGCUACCUCAUGCGACUAGCUUCGGACGACCGAGUGCUAAAAACAAUUGAACAUGCGAAAACUCUGUAUCUAACGGCAGAAGAUGCAAACCAGCGAAUCAUCGCAGCGGAAAUUUUACACUCCACAUCUAAGUUGUCCAAUGACCGAUUCAUGGCAUUUGCUGCAACUGCCUUGCCGUUUAUAUUUGUUUCCAAGUACGACACUGAUGAGCACGUUCAAGAAGCAUUUGAGAAGACAUGGCAGGACAAUGUGGGCGGUAAUCGUGCGGUAUCGCUAUAUAUAAAAGAAAUUACCAGCCUUGUUUCAGACAAUCUCGAUUCUCCUCGCUGGAUCAUCAAGCAUACUGCGGCAUUGGGGUUUGCGAAUGGCAUCAUGGCACUAGACCCCGAACUGGAUCUUGCUACUAGCGAGUACUUAUGGCCUGUUCUGGAGAAAGCAUUGGCUGGGAAAACAUGGGACGGUAAGGAAGUUGUUGUGAAAGCAUUUAUGAAAUUCACCAGCCAAGCAAAGAUGCUAUGGCUAGAGAAGCCUCGAGUUGGUGAUACAAUGAAGGCCAUCGCAAUCAGGGAGGCUAAACGGAUUAACCCAACAUAUCGCCCACAUGCUAUCACUGCUUUUGGUGGGAUUGCUCAAGCGCGCCAAGAUCUCAAUUUGAUGCCAGAUGCCGUUGAUAUUGUUUCUCGGGUACUCAGUGAAUUUGACGAGGGAGAGGACUCAAUGGACAUCGACUCAGGCAGCGGUCAAAAGAACAAACAAACCCGAGAGGAUACUUUGGUGGCUUGUGUUAAAUGCCUCUUGCAAUGUAUCAAUCUAACAUGUGCAGCACCAGCUGAAGCUACCAACCACUAUGUGUCAGACGUAAAGCGUCUUCUGCACGAAACAUUGGACAAUGGAGGCAGAAAUGUGCAGAUUACGCUGUACGAGGAACUUCGCAUGUUCUCCAGUAGAGUAAGUACAGGGGUUUUAGAAUCACAGGACAAGGGGCCUAAGCUGCGCGAACUACAAAUAUCUUUGGCAGCUCUGGCAGGCGAGAUGUUGUCCCGCCAGAUAGAUGUGAGUGCCGAAGCAAUCCGAAGAGAACGUGCGCAGGCCGCAAUGUCAUACAUUACGUUCUGCAAACAACUCGAUAUUGGGCUUGAUAUCGAUGGGGAACUCUGCGGGUUACUGAAGACCUGGAGGGAGAGCGAAAGAUCCGGGCCAGUGCAGCAAGUCCUAGACCAAGCCCUGGCGAGACUCAUGCAAUGA